AUGGGCGCGUCGACCCCAUAUAUAGACUUGGCCCAUUUGGGAAUGAGCAAGUUGACCAAUGGAGGUGGUGGAGGCGUAGAUGCGACUACACCAAGAAACCGGAGUUCACGAAACAAGGUCAAUCUCCUGUCACAAUUGUUCAAAGUCGGACAUCAACGAGUUAAUAUCGAUGUUGAUCUUUCUCGAAAACGCAUUGAAGGGUUCACGGAGAUCACUUUAAUACCCACGUCCAAUACAUUACGAGUUAUUAAGUUGGACUGUCGUGAGAUGAAGAUUAAGGAAGUAUUUAUCAAUGGAUCACGAAUAACAAAUUAUAUUUAUGAUGAUAGAUUAUUUAUUAAUGAUCCUAAGAUGUUUGAUUCGACAACUGCCAAAAAUAUCAAUGUUAUGGAUAUUUAUUCCGAUAGUAUCACCAUUCAUCAGCAUCAUUUGAUACGACAGAGAUUGAAUUAUAUUCUUGGGGAGUACAAUUAUGAUAUAAGGAAAGAAUCUCCUCCUGCAACAAAUGGUAAUACAGAAGAGCUUGCCAUAUUGCUUCCAGAAACACUCAAAUUUGAAUCAACAGACAUUAACAAUAGUUCUUUACAAACUCCAAGAAGUCAAAUGAAUACAUAUACUCCACUGCAUCUUCGAUCAAAGGCAACAACAAGUGAAUUCUAUUCGCCUAUAGUGGUUAAGAUUGAAUAUGAAUGCAUAAAUCCACAGAAUGGUGUUAAUUUUUCGGUUGACCAAACUGACGACCGCAAGUUCUGGCAUGCUUAUACCACCAAUGCAGAUUAUAAUAUUUCCACAUCAUCUUGGGUUCCCUGUGUUGAUAAUAUGUGGGACAGAUCAACGUGGACUUUAGAAGUAAGUGUUCCUAGAACAGUCAAAGAUAUAGGUAUGCCUCGUAUCAUUGGGUCUAGAGAAGCUUUAGCUCAUUUGAAAAAGAAAAAGAGAAGAAAAAACGUUUUGGAUGAAGACGGUAAUCAUUUUGAUAAUAAUAUUGAAUCUUCUGAAAUGGGUGAUGAUGAAGAAACAGAAGAAGACUCUGCUGAUUUGGUAGUAUGUUCAGGAGAUUAUAAUAACAUUAAAGAGACUCCUCAUCCUAUUGAUUUAUCCAAGAAGGUUGUUUCUUGGUCUAUUUUCAACCCUGUUUGCGCUCAACAUGUUGGUUGGGCAGUAGGAUGUUUCCAAUUAAUGGAAUUGAUGAACAACAAUGGAGAUAAUGAAGAAGAAAACAACUUUAGUGAACGUUUAGAAUUUGAAGAUUUAGAUAAAGAAUCUUCAGGUUUACUGAUUAUGCUUUAUUGUUUACCUGAUCGAAUGGAUGAUGCUGAAAAUACUUGUAUUGUUGCAACUAAAGUUCUUGAUUUUUUUCUGAAAGAAUUUGGUUCCUUCCCAUUCACUUCAUAUUCCAUUGUCUUUGUGGAUAACAAUUUAACUACAACAUGUAGUUUUGCUGGACUUUCAAUCUUAGAUUCGGACCUAUUAUACCCUCCAACAUUAUUGGAACCGAUAUUUGAAAAUACCUUGUUGCUUGUGGAUUCCAUUGCAUCUCAAUGGUCAGGUAUCAACAUAACUCCUCAAGACUAUAAUGAUUUAUGGUGUAUUGUGGGGAUUGCCAGGUUCAUGUCUUUACAAUUCAUAAAGACUAUUUUGGGGGUUAAUGAGUAUAAAUUCAGAAUAAAACAUACAAUGAAUGAAGUUGCAGAUACUGAUAUUGGACAGAAACCACUUGCAACCCAAUAUUUCAGAUUCCCCAUAUCAGAAAAGGAUUUAGGGUUUCUUAAAUUAAAGGCUCCAAUAGUCCUUUACAUUUUGGAUAGACGGAUGACAAAGACUGACAAGUCCUUUGGCUUAUCAAGAGUAUUACCAAAAUUAUUUUUACAAGCAAUGUCCAGUGAAUUACCAAAUAGUACAUUAUCCACCAGUCAUUUUCAACAUGUUUGUGAAAAGGUCAAUAGGAAUAAAUUGGACCAAUUCUUUAGGCAAUGGGUUUAUGGAGCUGGAGUUCCAAUUUUCCAUAUUAUGCAACGGUUCAAUAAAAAAAGAUCUUUGGUUGAAAUGAGUAUACGACAGAUUCAAAACUUGGAUACCCGGAAGCAUCACCCGAAGGCACUGACUUUUAUAAAUGAUUCGAUAUCAUAUUUGGAUAAUGAACCGGUGUUUUCGGUACAACCAUUAUUUACUGGACCAAUGACUAUUAGAAUUCAUGAAGCAGAUGGUACUCCAUAUGAACAUAUUGUGGAUAUAAAAGAUGCUUAUACCAAAUUGGACAUUCAAUAUAAUUCAAGGUAUAAAAGAAUUAAAAAGAAUAAAGAAGAAGGAAAUGAUCCUAUUUCUGCAUUCAAUAAAUUUGGUGAUGUUUUAACUAGUGAAGCAGAUAAGGCAGCUUGGGAAUUUGCAGAUUGGGAACGACAAGAAGAUGACCCAAUGAAUAGCGAUGCGUUAGAGUGGGUUCGUGUGGAUUCAGAUUUUGAAUGGAUAGCAAAGAUAAAUGUCAAGCAACAAGAUUAUAUGUAUGGGUCUCAAUUACAACAUGAUAGAGACGUUGAAGCUCAAUAUGAUGCUGUUCAAUAUUUUGGUAAUGUGGGGAAGCCUAAUACUGUUCAUUGUACGGUAUUAACUAGAACAAUAUUUGAUUCCAGAUAUUAUUAUGGUAUUCGUAUUGCUGCUGCCAAGGCACUUGCCAAAUUAUCUAAUUCAAGUAACAACUUCAUUGGGUUACUGUACUUAAUUCGAGUUUACAAGUCUUUGUUUUGUUACAAGAACAGUUUGAUUCCUGUGAGUAAUGAUUUCAGUGACUUGAGUCAUUAUCUUCUACAAAAGGCUAUGCCUAAAAUAUUGUGUCUGAUCCAAGAUGAUGAAGGCCAAGUGCCCCAAGCAGUUUGCAGAUUAUUAAUGAAUGUGGUCAAAUAUAAUGACAAUACAAAUAACCCUUACCAAGAUUGUCUUUAUAUGGCUGAGACUAUUGAAGCUCUUUCACAAUGUGCAACAGGCAACUCACCAAUUAAUCUUUCGUUACAAAUAGGAGGAGCAAGUUCUACUACAAGAAACAUUCUGGAUGAUCAACACAAGUUUUCCAAAGAAGUAUUGGAAGAAAUCAGUAGAAUCCAGAAAUUAGACGAAUGGGUUCCUUCAUAUCAUAAAAUUCUCGGGGUAACUUGUCUUCAAGAAAAAAUUAGACUUACCUUACACAAUUUGGCCGAUUUAUCAUUUGAAGAUUUACUUUUCUACACUAUUGGAAAACACCCUUAUAGCAUUAGAGUCGCAGCUUUCAAAGGUUUAUUUCAAUUAGGAGGAUUGAAGAAUAGUACUAUUCUUGAAUACUUUUUAAAGACUGUUUUAUUGGAGAAUAGUAAUUUGAACUUCAAGAGUUGUUUGAUUUCAGUUUUGAUUGACUCCAUUGCCUUUGCAGCUAUUGAUGGUACACCUUCGACACUUGAUGAUCCUGAAUUUAAAACCUAUGCCAAAUUAUUGGAUGGUUCCAAAAAUGUUGGCAACAAGACUAAUAUGGUUAUCAUUGAAGAAGAUAGUUCGAACACUGCCAUGAGCAACCAACGGGAUAUUUAUGCUCGAGAAACAUUAAAUGGAGCCAUUGAAAUUCUUAGACGUGAUUAUGCCAUAGGUAAAGGUUUACAAAAUGUAUUUUGGGAAUUAUUACAUACUUCAUUGAUUGGUAUUCGAGAACGUCGAAAUAUUUUUAAUGCUUGUCAAGUAUUAUAUAAGGAGAUCGAUUCCUUUUUCGUUAGUUAUUUGAUUCCUUGUGUUCCAAUUGAAGACUUAAAGAAAAAAUUGGUAGCCAAAAAUUUGGGAGACGGCAAGAUCACCAUUCGUCGUGAAGGAAGGUUCAAGAUUCAAUUAUUGUCGCGUAAGUUGACUGCUCCAUCAUUAAAGAGGCCUUCUGUAUCAUCAACAGCAACAAUUCCAGUAGUAGAAAAGGCUAAGAAGACAGUUCCAAGAAAGAAUGAAACAAAUGACGUUGAACCACCCAAAUUAACUCUUAAAUUGAAUGCCAUCACCAAUAAUAAUGAGUCGAAGAAAGGGAAUAAAAUCAGCGGUAAAAGACCAGUUGAUGCUAAGAAGACUGUGGUGAUUCCGCAUGUUUUAAUGACUAGGAAUCCUCGGAACAGGAACCAAAUCACAUUCCAUUUUAAAAAUCAUAAAUUGAAUCCAUUACCUCCUAUUCCAACUCCAAAUCACUCUUCACCUGUUAAGAAACAGAAACAGCCAGCUAACAGAGUUAUCAAGAAAGAAGCAGGUGGUAUACUUUCAACCAACGUACUACACCAAGGUACCAAAGUGACUAUCAAGUUUAGUAAUCCUAGCAAAUUAAAGAAUAUACGGAUGGAGCCAAUAAAAGCUUCACCUCGGUAUGUGAGAAUUCUGCUCAAGAAGAAGAAGAAGGUAGAGGUUUCUUCUGUACCAUUUGAAGUAAAUAAAGAGGAUAAUCAUGAAGAAAUGUCCACCAAGAUUAAGUUAAACUUGAACAAUCACGAUGCUCAAUCAAUAGUCAAAGAUGAACCCAAAGAUGAUGAUGAUGCUAAAGAACCAGAAGUUAACACUUUAUCUCCCACCACUAAUAAUAACGGUGUCGAUACUACAAUAAACGUAUCAUCAAAAGCAUCACUGGCGGAACCUGAAGGCCGUUCAAUUGACAGACCUCAAUCACCAUUUUCAAGAGCUGGAAGUCCAUUUGCUUCAGGUGCACCUCCACCAAAGAAGAAAAAGACAAAGAUAUAUAUACAUUCCACCGGUAACUCCAGUAAGUCUACGUCACCAGAAGGAGCUGAAACAGAAAAACCCAAGGGUAAAGGUGGGUUUAAGCUAAAGUUAAAGCUUAAAUAG